AUGAACACGUUUACUGCGAAGAACGAGAAAGAAACGCAGUCUUUACUCUCUCAGAAGAACGAAGAAGGAGAGACUAAGAAGAAGACUACUUCUGCGAAGAAGAAUGUUUUUCUAACCGUGGGCGGUCUCGCGGCGGUCGGGAUUUUGGGAUUGGCGUCGUCAAAAGCAUCAUCGUUCGGUUCCGCGGCUCCAUUCACGAAUGGAAGCCGAUUAGGGCAAACGCAAUCGACGAUUCGCUUGUCCGUCGGGUGCUCGCCGCAGGACGUUUUAUCGUUACUGCCGUUCGAACCGAAAUCUUGGAGAGGUGCGCAGUUUAUUCUUUUAGUAUACGUGUAUAUCGUUUCGUCGUUUAUAUUCCUCGCGCGAUCAAAUUUUCUCUCUCGGAACCUACGACGAGUGAGAAACAGACCAAAGAGCUGUUUGACAACGAAAUACGACGCGUCGCUGACAUUUUUUCUACACUCUACUGUUAUAUCAUUACAUUCCAAAUCAUCAUCUCAAAACAACAUCAAUGAUGAUAAUAAUAAUAUUAAAACAGGCAAAGUGGGCGCGAAAUUCAUCACCGCGAACAUGUCCCCGAACUUUUCGUACGAGAACGCGAUCGACAUGCCGGAAGAAAUGUGCGGCGUGUUUGCGGUUCCGCACGAACUCGCGCACGACGCUCGCUACGGUUUCUUUUUAUACGAGAAAGCGAACCCGGAGAACUUUGUGUCCGAUAUCGGGGUCCAACCGAAAGGCGGGUACGCCGACAUUGAAAUCGUGGAGGAAGAAGUUCAGACUGCUGCCAAACCAGUCUCGAAGAAGGAAGAGAAGAAGCAAGAGAAAGCGAAGGAGAUGAAGCAGAAGGAGGGCGAGUUUGAAGACGGGACGAAGAUGACACCGACGCAAAAAGAGUUCUUCGAGAAGAAGGCGACGCUGGCGCACAAAGAGUCCAAGUCCUCUUCCUCGAAGAAGGCGUCCAAGAAGUCUGCCGCUGCUGCUGACGAGGACGACGACAAAGAAGAAGAAGAAGAAGAAACAGAAGCGAAGAAAUCUUCUUCUUCUUCUUCCAAGAAAGAAACCGCCGAGGAGAAGAUGGUGCGUUUGCAACAAGAAAAGAUUGACAUAUUGGAGAAAGAAGUCCAAGAAGCGAGAGAGGCGGACGCGGAGAAAGAACGUCUCGCCACCGAAGAGGAAGCGAAACACAACGAAGAAGCAGAACGAGAGAAAGAGCAGCUGGAGCGAGAAGAGUUUCUCAAGCAAGAGAAGGAUGAGUUGGAGAAGGCGAAGACGCUCGCCAAGGAGAAGAAAAACGUCGGCGCGUUCUUCGAUUGGGGAUGGUGGUCCUCCUCCUUGUUCCACGCGGAAGAGGAGAUUGCGCAGCAAUCCAAAGAAGAAAGCGCUAAGAUCAAAUCCAGACGCGCGCUUCUUUCUUCCGCCCACAAACCGGUGCAAAAGUUGGCCGUGCCGCACAAGAAGACCGCCGCGAAAUUGUCCGCCGAACAACAAAAGAAGGUUGAGGAGUACGACAGAGAAGUCUCGAUGAUCAAAAGCGCCAAGAAGCAGCACAAGGAUGUUGAAAUUUCCUCUGAAAACCCAAUCGAAGUGGAAGUUGUGCAAGCGAGAAUCGAGUACCCGGUGCAAUUCAUCUCUACCAUGGCUUCGUGCAACACCAAGCACGAGUUGGAAGACACGGAAUACUACCCGAGAAAGGGCGUUGCGAACCCGAUGGGGAACAACGUCUUUAUCUUUGGCGCGUGUCGCUCGGACGUGCCGCAGUGCGGCAACCCGGCGCAAAGGCACCCGGGGUCGUGCCAAGUGCCGAAACCGGACGACGAUACGUUCAAGUUAGCCGUCAAGGCGUGCUUGGACGAAGACCCGACGGAAGGUAACUGCCACAAAUUUGCCAAGCAAUCCGAGUUUGGCGUUAUGUCCAUGUGGGACGUCUCCGAAGUCACCGACAUGAGCGAAGCGUUCGCGGAUCAAGACAGAUUCAACGGCGAUUUGUCGCAGUGGGAUACUCGAUCUGUUAAGUACUUCGACAGAAUGUUUAGCGGCGCGGCGUCCUUCGACCAAGACAUUUCCGCGUGGAGAUACGCGGCGAAAAAGACGGACAAUCACAUGUUCGCCGGUGCGACUGCGUUCAAAGCCUCGUGGGAGUGCGGUUUUAGACCGUCCGGUUUACUCGACUUCCACUCGUGCACCUCCUCGAAAGUGAUGGAUGACAUCGUCAACGGCAGAGGAGAUGCGGCUGGUGCCUCGACUAGCAAAAAAACAUCCUCCUCUUCUUUGUACAACUCGAUCUCCGCGGCGAAAAACCAACCGAUCGCUGCGGCCGAGAAGCUCUCGACCUCCAACAAUGAAGCGUCGUUUGGAACGGAAGAAGCUGGUGUGUUGACCGAUGCGAACAUUAUGGAUGAAGUCACGGAUUGUUUGCUCGCCGAACCGGUGAGAGGUGACUGCCACGGCCAAGCCUUUGGCCCGUUGUCCACCUGGGACGUCUCUCGCGUGACGAACAUGGACCAAUUGUUCAUGGACCCGCCGAAAUCAGUCGAAGGCGACAGACACUCCUCGUUCAAUGGCGACUUAUCCAAAUGGGACGUCUCUAGCGUCACGUCGAUGAUUCGCAUGUUCAACAGAGCGAACGCCUUCAACGGCGAUUUGUCUCGAUGGGACGUGUCCAAGGUUCAAUCCUUCUCCGGCAUGUUCAAGCAUACGGAUAGAUUUAACGGAGAUAUCACCAACUGGAACAUGAAAUCUGCGAAGUCUGUGGACGAAAUGUUCAUGAUGGCCUUAAGGUUCAACCAAGACAUCUCCAAAUGGUCUUUGCCGCAGUGCAGAAACUACGACAGAAUGUUUGAAUUCACUGGUGAGAACGGGUUCGCGCACGACAUUUCCAACUGGGACAUGCGCGCGAGCACGCACCAAGACAUGUUCAGAGAUGCGUUUGCGUUUCAACAAAAAUUUACGUGCGCGGAUGCCGCUCACGGUCCGGCGCACACGUGUCGACCGAAUGCUAGUGCGGCGACUACUCCGUUGACGGCGACGAGACAACCGGCGGUUGCGGCGACGAAACAACCGGUGGUUGAGGCGGGUAAAUUUGUUCCGCAAAGUGAAUACGAUCGCGUCAUUGAUUUGGGCGCGUAA